AUGGCUGAGACUCAGGCCCCCGAGGUUGACUACACCCUCAACAACCCCGACACCUUGACCAAGUACAAGACCGCCGCUCAGAUCUCCCAGAAGGUUCUCGAAGCCGUUGCAGGAUGGUGUGUUGAGGGCAGCAAGAUCGUCGAGCUUUGCCAGAAGGGUGACCAGCUCCUCGAGGAAGAGAUUGCCAAGGUCUACAAGGGCAAGAAGAUCCAGAAGGGUAUCGCUCACCCCACCACUGUCUCUCCCAGCUCCUAUGUGACUCCCUACACUCCCCUGGUGUCCGACGCUCAGGAGGCCGAGACCACCUUGAAGGCCGGUGAGGUCGCCAAGAUCCAGCUUGGUGCCCAGAUCGAUGGCUUCGGUACCAUCGUUUGCGACAUGGUUAUUGUCGCCGACAGCAACUCGUCCGCCGAUGUGGUGACCGGCCGCGAGGCUGACCUUAUCCACGCCACUCACUACGCCAACGAGCUUCUCCUGAGACUUAUGGUCCCCCCCGGCCUCCUCGCCAGCGGAACUGAUGAGGAGAAGCAGAAGGCUGCUGCCCAGAAGCCUCCUACCCAGGCUCAGAUUACUCAGUUGAUCGAGAAGGUUGCCAAGGCCUACGACUGCAACGUUGUCGAGAACACCACCAGCUGGCUGUUUGACCGCAACGAGAUCGAGGGCGAGAAGAAGAUUAUUCUCUCUCCCGGCGCUGGUGUCAAGGGCGAGGGUGUCCCCGAGGUCGGUGAAGUCUGGGGUGUUGAACUUGGUCUGUCUCUCGGAUCCGGAAAGGUUAAGACCCUCCCUCACCGUGCCACUCUCCACCGCCGUACCACCACCACCUACGGCCUCAAGCGCCCUAGCUCCAGACAGACUCUCUCCGAGGUCGUCAAGAAGUUUGGCCAGUUCCCCUUCAGCUUGCGCCAGCUGGAUGAUGAGAAGUCUGCCAAGGUUGGUGUUGUCGAGUGUGUCCGUGGUGGUGUCCUGAGACAGUACGAGCCCGCCGGAGAUGCCGACAAUGCUCCGGUCUCCCGCGUCUUGACCACUCUUGCUAUCACCAAGAACGGCAUCACCCGUCUUGCUGCUCCCACCACUCCCGAUCUCUCCAAGUUCCAGACGGACAAGAAGAUCGAGGACGAGGAGAUCCUUAAGAUCCUUGAGCGUCCGUUGGCCAAGUCCACCGGCUCCAAGAAGAACAAGAACAACAAGAAGAAGACCGCUGCCAAGAAGGCUGACGAGUAA